CGAACAAACAUAUGGGUGCGCUACAUCGGGAUCGGAGGGGACACUGUCAUUCCACAAUGUGCCCCAGUCUAUUACGGCGGGGUAUAUUAUCCCAUCUAUGUGACUUUUACACAUCCUCAGUCUGAGUCAGAGACUCCAACAACGGGCUACGCAUGUGGAAACACAGGUCUAUGCUGUAAUUACUAUGUAGCUAUUGAAGUGAUCUACUGCUCUUCUGGAGGAUUCUAUGUGUACAAGCAAGUGAACAACCACCCAAUCAAUUACAUGGGUUAUGUGACAUGUGAGUAGCGAGUAUAGAAAUCCCCUGCUUUUUAUAUGACUUGUACAGUACUCUUACCACACACGUUUAAUUGUCUAUUGAGCUAAGUAUAUUGAGCUGUUUAAAUGCACUUUAUCUGAAGUUUGAUUGAUGGAUUGGUGUAUAGUAAAAUAGUUCUAAAGCAUAAAGCAAGCUACUUGUUUUUGAAGCUGUCAAUCUGUUAAGGUCACACAGACAUUAUAUUUGACUUGAAGUGAACCUGCUCUUGUGUCUCAUUGUUCCAAGCUAAAAUAGUAGACUGUUAAAGUAGACUCUCUGUGUGUCUCUUCUCUCUGUCCAGACCAUAGGAACUGUGUAGCAGGCUCCUGUGGUCCCCUUGCAGAGUGCAGUACGACCAAAAAUGGAGGCUGUGAAUGUGUCUCUGGAUACAAGAUACCUCCAACACAUAUACCCACAAACGAAUCCUACGGCUGCCAAGGUAGAAGUGACGUAGGGUAAUCCAGUUUAACUCAAGCAACGGGUGCUAUUUAGGAGCUAUGCCCACGGACUGUGUGGUUAUAUCUGUUUGAUCAGUUAAGACAGUAUGAUGGUUGUUCAUUCAGCAGAGACCCACCAGUACAGUACACUGCACUUCUCACAUGGAGAUAAAAAUAGGCAGUCACAAAUUGGAAUUGGAUUGUUUAAACUGGUUGAUUUAUUGUGUGUGUGUGUGUGUGUGUGUGUGUGUGUGUGUGUGUGUGUGUGUGUGUGUGUGUGUGUGUGUGUGUGUGUGAGAGUGUGAGUGUGUGUGUUGAACAGGGCCAGCGAUAGGCACACUUUUUGGCUCGAGGGCCACAUCAGGAUACAGAAAUUCAACGGCAGAUUUGUUAGUCAAAAUUCAUUUCAAAGACAGAAAAGAAGGUGGUUAUUUGAAGAUGUGUAUACUGAAGCCGUUCUUCUAUCCAAAAUAAUAAUUUCUAAAGAAAAAAGUGUUUCUUAAAAAAUAAUCUACUGCGGCCCGCAUUGAAUCAAUUCACCCUUUAUGUAGAAGAAAGCCACUGACCCUGUCCUAACUCUCCCCAACAGAUAUCAAUGAGUGUGCAGAGACUGCUAAUCUCUGCGGUCCGCAUUCCAACUGUACUAAUUUACCAGGAGCCUACAACUGUAGCUGUCUCGAGGGGUUCGCACCCUCAGACCCAGCCUUAGCACUCAACCCGUCCCGCAACCCCUGCACAGGUGUGUUUAUCACACAUACACCUACAGCACCAAUCAUAUCAAUGACAUGAGGCCAGAGUUUGAAUUUCAUGGCUGCUAUGAAUAACAUACCUGCAUUUUUUGCUGUUUUUAACUUUGUGAAUAUGUACAUGUGAAUUUUUCUGCUGCCUCCUGUGUAAGCAAGAUUUUAAAAAACACACAUAAAAUAAUAUUGCUGAACGUUGUCUAGUUUUGUGUGCAAACCACACUUUGAUUUGUGGAGCUUUGUCAAUAUUGGUGUAUUAAAUCUAUGUCCCCCCAGAUGUGAAUGAGUGUGUGGAGAUUGAGAAGGUCUGUGGUGGUUUCGGUACAUGUACAAACACACCAGGAAAUUACACCUGCACCUGUUACAAGGGAUACAAGCCUGACGGACCCUUCGACUGCCAAGGUCUCUGAACAGCACUGACACUAGUUUCCUGUGAUAAAUCUGAUUAAACUUUUUAAAUGUUUUAAUAUAAACCAUUUAUUUAUAUAGGGACAGGUACAACAUUGACAUAUUGAAUGGAUAACAACUGUCAUAUGCAUUGCAUCAUUACACCUAACUUACACUAAUUUACAGUGCUUCCUAAAAGAGAUGGAAGAACUCAUGGUAGCAUUUUAUGUUACAGUAUAUUAUUAUCUAUAUCAUACACUACGGAUCAUAAUGUUGUCAACCUGGAUGCUGCCUGGCACCCUGUCGUAAGAUGCUAACUGAACUAUUAAACUAUUGAUCCCCCACAGAUAUUGACGAGUGUUUUAACUCAACCAUCUGUGGUCAGGAGUCUGUCUGCACCAACACACCAGGAGCCCACAACUGUACCUGUCUCCUGGGCUUCUCACCCACAAAUCCAGUCCUAGACCCCAGCAAUGCCAACCCCUGUAGAGGUACUGUGUUGUCACACUACUGUUGUCGUUAACAUACUGUAUCAUGCGUCGUUGACUAGGUUUACAUCCCAAAUAGCACCCUAUUCCCUAUGUAGUACUCUACUUUUGACCAGGUCUGGUCAAAAGAAGUGCACUACUGUAUAUAGAGAAUAGGCUGCCAUUUGGGACACAACCUAGGUCUAGGAUAAGAUAAUGGUGUUAGGCGAUUCUUGGCCCAUAUUCACAAAGUGUCUCAGAAUAGGAGUGCUGAUCUAGGAUACAUUUUUCCUUUUAGAUCAUAAUGACUGAGAUUGUGGAUAGGUAGCACCUGAUAUUAGAGCAGCAGUCAUACCAAAGAUGUGUUAUAACUAAACCAAGAUAGACCACAGCCUGUCGUUUCAAAUGGAAACAAAUGAGCCAUAGUGGGCGGAACAAGCAACGAGGUGGGCAGAGCCAAGCAGGAGCUAGCGAGAUCCUACUAUAUUUGGUAGUGGGUGGAAUCGCCAACCGGAUGCUUCACAUUUAUACAUCCGGUGAAAUAUCUGUCUCAUUGUUCUAUCUGUGGUCCUACUCUUAGAUGCUUUGUGGCAAUAACUUGUUCUUAGGAACUGUAUCUGUGGUUUGAACCCUACAGACAUUGAUGAGUGUCUGAAUGCAACCAUGUGUGGUCCCAGUGCCAACUGUACCAACUCUUAUGGGGCACACAGCUGUACCUGUCUCUGUGGUUACCUACUCACCAGCCCAGAUGCCAUAGCCAGCAUGCAUGUAAACAUUUGUGUGUGUGGUGUGUCUUUGAAUGUACAGUCGUGGUCAAAAGUUUUGAGAAUGACACAAGUAUUGGUCUUCACAAAGUUUGCUGCUUCAGUGUUUUUAGAUAUUUUUGUCAGAUGUUACUAUGGUAUACUGAAGUAUAAUUACAAUCAUUCCAUAAGUGUUAAAGGCUUUUAUUGACAAUUACAUUAAGUUUAUGCAAAGAGUCAAUAUUUGCAAUGUUGACCCUUCUUUUUCAAGACCUCUGCAAUCCGCCCUGGCAUGCUGUCAAUUAACUUCUGGGCCACAUCCUGACUGAUGGCAGCCCAUUCUUGUAUAAUCAAUGUUUGGAGUUUGUCACAAUUUGUGGGGUUUUGUUUGUCCACCCGCCUCUUGAGGAUUGACCACAAGUUCUCAAUGGGAUUAAGGUCUGGGGAGUUUCCUGGCCGUGGACUCAAAAUGUUGAUGUUUUGUUCCCCGAGCCACUUAGUUAUCACUUUUGCCUUAUGGCAAGGUGCUCCAUCAUGCUGGAAAAGGCAUUGUUUGUCACCAAACUGUUCUUGGAUGGUUGGGAGAAGUUGCUCUCUGAGGAUGUGUUGGUACCAUUCUUUAUUCAUGGCUGUGUUCUUAGGCAAAAUUGUGAGUGAGCCCACUCCCUUGGCUGAGAAGCAACCCCACACAUGAAUGGUCUCAGGAUGCUUUACUGUUGGCAUGACACAGGACUGAUGGUAGCGCUCACCUUGUCUUCUCCAGACAAGCUUUUUUCCCAAACAAUCAGAAAGGGGAUUCAUCAGACAAAAUGACUUUACCCCAGUCCUCAGCAGUCCAAUCCAUGUACAUUUUGCAGAAUAUCAGUCUGUCCCUGAUGUUUUUCCUGGAGAGAAGUGGCUUCUUCGCUGCCCUUCUUGACACCAGGCCAUCCUCCAAAAGUCUUUGCCUCACUGUGCGUGCAGAUGCACUCACACCUGCCUGCUGCCAUUCCUGAGCAAGCUCUGCACUGGUGGUGCCCCGAUCCCACAGCUGAAUCAACUUUAGGAGAUGGUCCUGGCGCUUGCUGGACUUUCUUGGGCGCCCUGAAGCCUUCUUCACAACAAUUGAACCUCUCUCCUUGAAGUUCUUGAUGAUCCGAUAAAUGGUUGAUUUAGUUGCAAUCUUACUAGCAGCAAUAUCCUUGCCUGUGAAGCCCUUUUUGUGCAAAGCAAUGAUGACGGCACGUGUUUCCUUGCAGGUAACCAUGGUUAACAGAGGAAGAACAAUGAUUUCAAGCACCACCCUCCUUUUAAAGCUUCCAGUCUGUUAUUCUAACUCAAUCAGCAUGACAGAGUGAUCUCCAGCCUUGUCCUCGUCAACACUCUCACCUGUGUUAACGAGAGAAUCACUGACAUGAUGUCAGCUGGUCCUUUUGUGGCAGGGCUGAAAUGCAGUGGAAAUGUUUUUUGGGGAUUAAGUUCAUUUUCAUGGCAAAGAAGGACUUUGCAAUUAAUUGUAAUUCAUCUAAUCACUCUUCAUGACAUUCUGGAGUAUAUGCAAAUUGCCAUCAUAAAAACUGAGGCAGCAGACUUUGUGAACAUUAAUAUUUGUGUCAUUCUCAAAACGUUUGACCACGACCUUAUAUCCGUUACAGUAUGUGUGUAUAACCCUGUGAGUGUAUGUUUCUCCCUGCAGACAUAGAUGAGUGUGCUGACACCCCUGGUCUAUGUGGUCUCCACUCUGUGUGUACCAAUGCACCGGGGAGCUUCCACUGUUCCUGUGUGGAAGGGUACUUCUCCUCCACUGGAGUACUGUGGGAAACUGAUGUCACUGUGUGUGAUAGUGAGUCAUACUUGUAUUGUUUGGAAAUAUAUUAUGUACAGAAGAGGUCCAGUGUAGUGAAAUGCUUGGGAGAUCAGAUGGGAACUUGAUAUAUUAUUUUCUCUCUUUUCUCUCUUUUCUCUCUUUUCUCUCUUUUCUCUCUCUCUCUCUCUCUCUCUCUCUCUCUCUCUCUCUCUCUCUCUCUCUCUCUCUCUCUCUCUCUCUCUCUCUCUCUCUCUCUCUCUCUCUCUCUCUCUCUCUCUCUCCCUUCACAGGUGUUGAUGACAUUAUAGCCUCCAUAGUUCCCCCAGAGGUAAGUGGUUGGAAACACACAGGGCUUUAGAAUGGAUCCUGUGCAAGUACCACCCAUACAGUAUGGUGGGCUUUAAAAUGGAUCCUGUCAGAAGAAAGUUGAAGGAAAAGUAUCACUGACGACAAAGACAUUGUAACAAUGUUGUCAUCUGGUUGUGCUGAUGUUGUUGUGUUGAUGUUGACGUGCUGAUGUUGUGUUGAUGUUGUGUUGAGUUGAUGUUGUGUUGAUGUUGUGCUGAUGUUGUGCUGAUGUUGUGCUGAUGUUGUAUCUGUGUUCCCGCUGCAGGGCCAGUCUAAGGAGAUGUACUUCCUCUACCAGAUGAACCAACAGCUGAGGGAGAACCCUGACAUUGUCCUACCAGAGGGGGUCAGUACAGCAACCUUUACAUCUGAUAGACUAGCCAAUCCAGAAACAACCCCUAGCUCUUACUAUCUAUUCUAGACACUUCUGUAGACCUUGGGCCAUAUGUAUCAAGUCUCUCAGAGUAGGAGUGCUGAUCCAAGAUCAGGUUCCCCCUGUCCAUGUAAUUUUAUUUAUGUGAUCUAAAAGUUUAAACUGAUCCUAAAUCAGCACUCCUACUCUGAGAUGCUUGAUACAAAUGGCCACUGACAUGCUCAUUCAUUGAUCUCUGGCACCACUUAGUGGAUCAUUUGGAUAUGGGUCAGGUUUCAGUACAUAGUUCUAUUCCCCACCCAGAGGGUCCUGUUUUAUGUCUCCACAUGCUAACUAAUGUCAUUGUAUCUCUCCCUCCAUUCUUCUGUCCCUUCUUUCUCUCCCAUUUUAUUUUUUCCUCAGUCAGUGACAAACAGCCUCUCCACAGCCCUGGUAAUGGCCCCUUCCAACUCUGUCUCAUGUUUUAAGUAAUAAUAAUCGGAGUGGGGUUAGUUUGUCUUAGUCAAGGCAGUAUGUUUAUCAUUGAGUACCUUUACAUGCACACUAAUAAUUUGAUAUUAAACUGAUUAUGGCAGAAGGCCGAGUAUGGCAUUAGUCAUGUAAACACCUUACUCUGCUUAUCUUAAUCGGCUUAAGGUUAUAAUUGAAGUAAGCGUACGCAGAUUAAAACACCUGGUUUUGUGAGCAAUCUUUCUCAUUAUUAGGACACGUAAACAGCUUAAUCGGCGUUCCAGCUGUGUAUUUGAUCUUAUGCGCGAGUGAAGUGAGUUCGCAAAAACAGAAAUUAUGCGUCUUAUAAAUAAAAGUUCGGACAUACACAUCCAAUAGUCUUCGCAAAAUUAACAUGGUUACUGUGGUAGAACGUUUAUUUUGAUUGGCGAUUUCCUGCAUUUAUCAAAAGGCCCAUCAGUAGCCUGAUCUCAGAUGUGUCAAUGUAAACAGGAUUAUUAGGGAAAUCAUUCUUCUUGCAAAGCAUGUAAACGUUUUAAACGAACUAUUAUAUUAACCAGACUAUCCACAAUAAUCACAUUAUUGUGUGCAUGAAACCAUGCUCAUUCAUUAAUUCAUUAAUUAAUUCCUCCAUUAAUUCAUAAAUUCAUCCAUCUAUCCAUUUCCUUAGAAGGUGUCCGGAGUUGGAAGCAUCUCAGCGCAGCAGGCCAGUACAGGCCAGGUGUGGAGUGGGGCUGGAAAGGAUGGCGGGGAGUCUGGCAGUGUGGUCCUGAAGAUCUCAGAGCUCCUGGUGAAUGCCUUAGUGGACCCUUCUCAGGGCCAGGUCAACAAAAGCAUACAGACACCUGAGCUGGGUAAGAAGAACCAUUACCACAGUAUGGACCUACAUACAGCCCCUACCACCUUUCCAUCCAACAUCCCUGGUCAUCCCUACUGCAUCUGAUCUUGGGGACUCUCUAAACACAUGCUUCGUUUGUAAAUUAUGUUGGAGUGUUGGAGUGAGCCCCUGGCUAUCUGGCUUGCUUCAUAUAAGGAAUUUGACAUUAUUUAUAUUUUUACUUUUACUUUUGAUACUUAAGUAUAUAUUAGCAAUUACAUUUACUUUUGAUACUUAAGUAUAUUUAAAACCAAAUACUUUUAGACUUUUACUCAACUAGGAUUUUACUGGGUGACUUUCAUUUUUAUUUGAGUCAUUUUCUGUAUCAUACUCAAGUAUGAUAAUUGGGUAUUUUUUUCCACCACUUCACAUACUCUCUCCCUCAUUCUCCCCAUAUAAAAUAAUACUUGUACUGUAAAUGUGUAUGUUAGAUAUUAGUCUGCAGGUAAUCGAGGCCAACAGUACAGACACCUCCUCCCUCUCAGCCAGGGGAAACACCAUGGACAUCAACCUACAGGCUCUGGCCAGAAACAAUAAUGGUGAGAUAGACCAGACACAACUGUAUAGUGGUGAUUAUAAUAAUAAAAUAUAAAUAAUAAUAAUAAUUUAUUAUUAUUAUAGUGGUGAUUAAGUUGACAAUGAACAAUAUCACCAUGAUGAUGACUAUUAUGGGAAUCAUACUGAUGAUAAUGAUACUGAUGAUGAUGGUGGUGAUGAUGACGAUGAUGACUAUUGCGUGGACGAUGAUGAUGAUGAUGAUAAUGAUUCUGAUGAUGAUGGUGGUGUUGGUGAUAAUGAUGGUGACUAUUCCGGGGGUGAUGAUGACGAUGAAGGUUCUGAGUGUUAUUUAACGACAGCCCCCUACUCUGUGUCCCUAGGUACAGCAUCAGCAGUAUUCCUGACAGUCAGUGGGAUGGAGAGCCUUCUGGGCGCUAGCUUCUUGCAGACAGAAAACCACACAGAGAUGUUGUCUGAUGUCAUCACCGCCACACUGCCCAAGAUCAACCACACCCAGCUCUCUGAGCCUGUCAACUUCACCAUGCGCCACAAGAGGGUAUGUCGUCUGUCUGUCUGUCUGUUUGUCUGUGUGUCUGUCUGUCUGAUUGUACAGUCGGCUUUCCUGCCAGUUCUUGAUUAUGGUGACGCCAUUUACCAGAUUGCAGCAGCCACUACUCUUACAACCUUUGGAUGCCAUCUACCAUAGCGCCAUUUGUUUUACUACUGGUGACAGUUUUAAUACUCACCACUGCAUCCUGUAUCAAAAGGUUGUCUGGUCCCCAUUAAAGUCCCGUAGAUCACUUCAUUACUCCCUUUUUGUUUACAAAGCCCUACUACAUAAGCUUCCAAAUGACCUAACUUUGUUGCUAACGUAUAAAAUAAUUAGAUCCCAGACCCGUUCACAGAGUUGGUUAACUCUUCAGAUUCCACGGGUCUCCAAGGAAUGAGUUAAAUCCACUUUUAGUUUUCAUGCUACACAUUUUUGGAAUCACAAAUUCAUUACAUUUGGAUUCCCUGGUGCCACUAGGGCAUUUUAAAACACUGAUGAUAAAUUAAUUCACAGAGGUGUGCAAUUGUUUUGAUUGAUUGAUUGUAAUAACUUGUUUAUGAGGGCUGUGAUGUUAGUAAUGUUCUAAUGUAAUGUACUUGUUAUUUGUAUUUUUUUCAAUUAUUAUUUUACUUUAUGUUCUAAAGGCACCAUUGAAAAUGAGACCCUGGUCUCAAUUGGGCUCCCCUGAUUAAAUACAAGUAAAUAAAUGCCUGUCUGUCUAACUCUCUCUAUUUCUGUCCAUCUUACAAUUCUGUCAGUCAGUUGAGGUGUUGUGUUGCUGUUGCUGAUCUGUGCUGGUUAUUCAUUCUCCCUCAGUCUGUUUCUCUCCCUCUCUCCUUCUCCCUCUCUCCCUCUCCCUCUCUCCUUCUCCCUCUCUCCCUCUCUCCUUCUCCCUCUCUCCUUCUCUCCCUCUCCCUCUCUCCUUCUCCCUCUCUCCUUCGUCCUCUCUCCCUCUCUCCCUCUCCCUCUCUCUCUCCCUCUCUCUCCCUCUCCCUCUCUCCCUCCCUCUCUCCCUCUCCCUCUCUCCCUCUCUCUCUUCCUCUCCCUCUCUCCCUCUCUCCCCACUCUCUGUCUCUGUCAGCUGUAGCGAAGCACUAGAAAAUCAUUCCAUUAUGAGGCAUCUACACUCACAUAUUCUCUGUCUGUUUGUCUGGCUGGCUAGCUGGCUGUCUGUUUGUCUGUCUAUACAUCCCUCCAUCCCUCAUAGCAUACUAUCAGUAUCUAAACCUGUAUCUAUCUAUCUUUCUAUCUCUCUCUCUCUCUCUCUCUCUCUCUCUCUCUCUCUCUCUCUCUCUCUCUCUCUCUCUCUCUCUCUCUCUCUCUCUUCUCUCACUCUCUCUGUCUGUCUCAGAGGUUGGCUGAGCCUGGCCUGAUGACCUGUGUGUACUGGAAGGACAGAGGAGUGGAAUAUGGGAAUGGAACAGAGGGGAAGAUGAGGCAUUGGUCAGUGGACGGCUGUUGGGUCGUGUUCUCCGAUGAGAACUACACAGUGUGCAGCUGUUCUCACCUCUCCACCUUUGCACUCAUCAUGCAGACUGGGGAGGUACAGGCUCAGCCGUGUGGGUGUGUGUGUGGGUAUGAGCGAUUGUGUGUGUUUGUGUUUUGGUGCACACAUUAGUGUGUGUGUGUUCAUGCUUACGUGUGUGUGUCUCCAUCCUUCCAGACUGUGUCGGAGGAUAAUCCCUUCCUAGAGUGGGUGAACAGAAUGUGUGUGAUCGUGGGCCUGGUCUUCUUUGCUCUGGCCAUCCUCACCUUCCUGCUGUGUAGCUGGAACCCUAAGAUCAACAACACAGCCCGCCUCCACCUCUGCCUCUGCCUCUUCCUGUCCCAUCUGCUGCUCCUAUUGGAUUACACCUACCUCACUCACAAGGUACUGGGUUAGGAAAUAAAGUUCAUUUGUGUGUACAUGUCUUUUUCGUUCUCUUUUUGUAUGUGUGUGUGUGUGUGUGUGUGUGAGUGUGUGUGAGUGCAUGCUGGGUUCUGCGUGUGAGCAUGUCCAUGUGUUUAUUUCUAUCUCAUAGUCCUCUCUGUCUCCAGCUGGUGUGCUCCAUCAUGGCAGGUCUCCUCCACUUCCUGGUAGUGGCCAGUUUCCUGUGGAUGCUGCUGGAGGCGCUCCAGCUCUACCUGCUGGUCCAGAGACUCUCCAGGAUCCAGGUCAUCCAGAGGGACGGCCUCCAGAAGAAAUACCUCUACCUGAUUGGCUAUGGCAUCCCCCUGGUGAUCGUGGGCGUGUCUGCAGCGGUGAAGCAAGACGGCUAUGGGGGAACUAAAGUGUGAGUAGAAAUUGUGUACACACACACACACACACACUCAUUCUCUAUCUUGCACUAACACACACUUACAAGACAUGUUCAUUUGUUUCUGUGUUUCAGAUGCUGGCUGAAGCCAGAACAAUACUUUACCUGGGCUGUGUUAGGGCCAGUGUGUACUGUCCUAGCAGUGAGUGGAUCUACACGCACACACAUAUGCAUGCACACACACACACACACACAAACACACACUGACCUCCUUAUGCUUCUUCCACAGCUGAACUGGAUAUUGUUCUGUGUUACUAUCUGGAGUUUGAGACCUACCUUGGCCAACAUGAAGAGUGAUGUCUCACAGUCCAAAGACACCAGGUGUGUGUGCACAUAUGUUUGUGAACAUACAGUAACUAAACCAUAUGUAAUGUGUAUGUUUGUUGAUACCGAUGGGAAUACGUGGGAGUGUUAGUGUUCUUGUCUCUUCAUAUGAAUCCAUAUGAUGUUUUUACACCAUUCCAUCUCUCCCCCCCCCCCCCCCCCCCCCACCCCACCCCCUCUCACUCAGACUGAUCAUCUUUAAGAUCCUGGCACAGUUUGUGAUCCUGGGUUGUACCUGGGUGCUGGGCUUUUUCCAGUCCACCAUGGUCUUCAAGUACUUCUUCAUCGUGCUCAACUCCCAGCAGGGCACCUUCCUCUACAUCGUUCACUGUCUCUUCAACAAGGAGGUAGACCUACACCACAAGCACACACACACACACACAUACACAAACGUGCACACACACAUAUGCACACACACGCACACACGCACACACACACACACACACACACCUUCUUAAUCUCCCCUCUGUCUGCCCUCCACAAUCCAUCAUACUUCUUAACCUCCCCUCCCUACCCCUCCACAACUUCCUGAUAACUCACCCCUUGUGUCUUUUUAUGUUGUAUGGUUUUGGUAUGUUUAUAAUAUUGUACUUAUAAUAAGUGUUGUGUUGUAUUUUGAAAGGUGAGGAAGUAGUACUGGAGGUGUUACUGUGUUGUACAGUGUGCUCUGUGUAUAAUUAGUGUUGGUGUGUUGUUGUUGUGUUGUGUAUUGUAUCAUAGGUACGUGAUGAGUACAGGAAGUGGCUGGGCUGUUCUUCCAGCUCCUCUACUCCAGACUCUAUGGUAAGUCUAUACCCUCCUCACUCAUCACUAGUUCUUAAAUCUAUGUGUGGCUUCCUCUUAUUUCCAGGCUGAAUGUAAUGUUACUGAAUGACCCUCUGGUAUUCUUUUACCACAGAAAGGAAACCUGUUGAGGUCUUGUUUUUCCAACAGAAAGGAGCACCUUCAGUCUCUGAAGACCUGGACAAGGCUGGCAAAGAGAGACAAAACAAAGGAACACGGCCAGGAUGAGAGCAACAUGAUAAGUUACCAUCAGACCUUCAAAGCAUUUCAGCACCGUGGGCCUCCACGGUAUAUCUUUCAAUGCACACUGUACACAUUAAGUAUGAGAGCGAGAGAGAGAGAGAG